GCCGCAACGGCCGCGCCCGGGGUUGUUGUUGGUAACGGCCAAGAUGGCGGAGGCGGCGCGGCCGCCCCUGCCCGACUCGGUGCUGCUGCAGGUCCUGGCGCUGCUGCCGCUGCGGGACCGGCUGCGAGCGGCCAGGGUCUGCCGGCGGUGGCAGCAGCUGGCGCAGGACCGAGCGGUCUGGACACAUGUGGAUCUGAGCCCUCACCGGAUCACCCGCCGCACCCUGUGGCACCUGGUCCGCCACCGCCUCCCUGACAGCCUGUGCACCCUGCGGAUGCGGGGCACGCCCCGCUCCCUCGGCAAGCAGCGGCUCCUCUCACCGGCACUGCUGGCUGCCCUCCGGAAGCACUGUCCCCAGCUGCAUCGCCUGUGCCUGACCGAGACAGACCUCCGCCACGUCCCUUACGAGAGCAUCCCCUCUUCUGUCACCACACUGGAGCUGAACCUCUGCGACAUUCCCGAUGCCUGGUUCUGCGUCUCCCCUUUGGUGCCACCACCACAGGUACAACACCUCACUAUCCACAGCAUUCCCACCUUUUCUGACCAUCAUCUUCUUGACAUUUCCUCACAGAACCACCUGAAGACACUGAGCCUUUGUGGCACCUACCGCAUCACUGAUAUGGGGAUCCAAGCAGCAGCUCCACACCUGGAAGAGCUGGAACGCCUGAUUCUCCGCCACUGCAUCAUCGGUGAUGCUGCCAUGGUAUUCAUUGGGCGCCACAUGAAGCAGCUCCGCUACCUGGAAAUCAGCAAUGCCUACUUCCUGACAAACAAGGGGCUGGUUUCUAUUGCAACACUGGAGCACCUGGAGACCCUGUGCCUCGACCUCUAUGAUUUGGUCUCCCUUGGUACUGUUAUUGCUUUGUUGCAAGUGCUGCCUCGCCUGAACCACCUCAAGUUAGGCGGAACUUGCUUUGAAGAUGAAGUCCUCCAUAAAAUUCAGGAGAAUUUUCCACAUUGCGCCAUAUCUCACACUCCUUGACAACCUGAAAUGUUAUCCUUCCUUACUACACUUGAAGUGCUCCUUUUUUGGAUAAAGCCUGAUUUCUUCUACAUAGUUUUGAGACAGAAUUCUCAUUGGACUUAAAACAUUAAGUUUUUCAUAUAAAUACGUUAA